UAACGUGAGGUAAUACAAUAUGUGUCAUCUCCGUCAGUCGACGGUGCGCAAACAAGACAAACAAAAGGAUACUACGAAAUUGCCAAGUUCUGGAAUAACUGUAUUGUGCACUAAAUAAACCAGUGGUCAAACUGCGAGAGUGUUUUCAUAUUGACUAGCACAGACAAGUUCCCCCCACUUUGUCCCCAGCGCGCGCGUUAACCAGAUGGCAAACUACUAUAAUCAGCUUUACAGAAAUGCCGAGUGUCCGUGCGUCUCAUGAAGACAUCAAGCCAUCUCCUCGGGACUGUGGCCGGCCAAAAUCCUAGCUAUCAUGUGAAAGUGUUGGCCUCCACCCGUCACUGUGCCAUUAAGCUGUGCUGCCUUACCCAAGGCACCGGACUGUAAAAAUGUCACCUCCAGUAUGAGCACCAUUACUUAUUUAAGAUCACUACAUCAGGAGGCACCCCUGCUUCCAAGGAUGUAUUGGCCCUUGAGGCGACGGGGCGCCAUGUUAUUAUUGUACGCCCUGGGGUCCUGCAUCUACGCCAGCAUCGUCGCCCCUCAGGGCCUCUUUCCCCGGCUGGAGAACAUUGGGGCCUAUAAACCCGUCCGCGUGGCGCCGGCGGCGUCCACGUGCGGCGUGCCCGAGCGCAGUGCCUUCUGCCAGCCCGCCGUGACCCAGGAGAGUCUUCGGGCCUGUGCCCAGCAGUUCUGCGUCCAGGGGUGCCCGUACCGGUCAUUGGCGCCACGCUACGGCAGCCUCCUGCGGAACCUGGGCACCUGCAUCAGUGAGGAUGGACGCGAUGUGCAUCCAGGGGUCAGGCCCGGCGACGAGACCAGUCAUAUAUUUCGUAACCGCACGGACUGCUUCGCCUCCCCUCCAGUACCGGUCCUGGGUCCAUCGGGCUCACUUACUUUAACAGUGUGGCUGAAACUGGAGGCGUCGUCUGAAAUGAGUCUAAUAGAGAAGAGGGCCGAGGGGGAGCUGGUGUUCGGCGUCCGGGUCUCGGAGGAAAAGCUGGAGCUCCGGUACCGUCUUCCCAGCGCUCCGGCGCUCGGCCUGGCCAUGAUGACCACGGGGCGCAUCAACAAGCACGAGUGGACACACGUGGCCCUCCAGGUGCACGGGACGAGUGUCAGCCUCUUCUUGAAUGGCCUGGAGGAGGACAGCACAGCCUUUGACACACAUUCUCUGCUCGCCCCAAUCACGGACAUCAUAACUGACAGUGCCGUGUGGAUUGGCCAGGGCUCAAAUGGGUCAAAUCAAUUCAUUGGAAGGAUGCAGGAUUUCAGAUUUUAUCCUGUCACGCUCACCAACAGAGAGAUCAUGGAGGUGUUCACAGGUCAGCUCCCACACCUCCACGCGCAGACUGAGUGUCGCUGUCCGCCCAGCCACCCCAGAGUGCACCCCCUAGUGGAGAGGUACUGCAUCCCCAACGGCGAGGAGGACACCACCACCAACAGAGUUCUGCGCCUCAACCUGGAUGCCCACCCGCUCAGCUACAUUAACGACAAUGACAGCACCGCCUGGAUCUCACACGUCUUCACCAGGUCCGAGCUGAUGGACCAAGGUGUCACACUGACCUUCGACCUGCAGAACGGACAGUAUCAGGUUUUCUACGUGAUUCUGCAGUUCCUGAGCCCACAGCCCGAAGCGGUGCGGAUUCAAAGGCGGGCUGGCGCCAGCGGCGGCCGCUGGAGAGACUGGCAGUACCUGGCCAAGAACUGCAGCGUCUUCGGACUGGCGGAUAACGGCCCGCUGGAGCGCCCAGAUUCUGUCAACUGCCUCCAGUUUCCCAGCGCUGUGCCGUUCUCUCGUGGGAACAUCACCUUCAGUGUGCUGACCCCGGAGCCCAACCUGCGUCCGGGCUACAACGACUUCUACAACAGCCCGCCGCUGCAGGACUUCGUGCUGGCCUCAGAGGUGCGCAUCCAGCUGCUCGGACAGUACCACACGCAGGAGCUCGGCGUGCCCUACCGACACCGUUACUACGGCGUGGACGAGAUCACCAUCAGCGGCAGGUGUGAUUGCCACGGCCACGCAGACAGCUGUGACACCAGGAGGAGUCCUUACCGCUGCGCCUGUACCCCAGAGAGCCACACACUAGGAGAUAAUUGUGAACGCUGUGCCCCUCUCUUCAAUGACAAGCCCUUCCGAUCAGGUGACCAGAUCCAGGCCUACAAUUGCCGGCCCUGCCAGUGCAAUGGCCACACCUCUUCCUGUCAUUAUGAUGUCACAUUUGACCCCUACCCUACGGAGCACUUCCGGGGUGGAGGUGGCGUCUGCGAUAACUGUCAACAUAACACUACAGGGAGGAACUGUGAGCAGUGCCAGCCGCAGUUCUACAGGGAGGCCGGGGCUGUCACCGCGGCAGUAGACGUCUGCAGGCCCUGCAGUUGCCAUGCCGCUGGGACUGUCAACGGAAGUGUGGAGUGUGAGGAGAUUGGGGGGCAGUGUAAGUGCAAACGACACGUGUCUGGCAGACAGUGCAAUCAGUGCCAACACGGAUUCUACAAGCUGCGGGCGGAGCGGCCCCACGGCUGCCUGCCGUGCGACUGCAAUGCCGCUGGGACGGCGCGGGCAGAUAUUACCUGUCACCAGGACUCAGGUCAAUGCCAGUGCAAGGCAAACGUAAUCGACACCGGCCAGUGUGUGUGCCGACACCCCUCCGUGACGGGACGCAGGUGUGACCAGUGCCAGGAACUUCACUUCGGGUUCAACCCCGGCGUGGGCAGGUGUGAGCCGUGUGGUUGCCACCCGGGCGGAAGCCUCAACGGCUCCUGCCACCCAGAGUCGGGCGUGUGCCUCUGCAAGCUGUUUGUGAUGGCGGAGAAAUGCGACACCUGCGUCCAGGGGGCCACCCAUAUGGACCCAGACAACCACCUCGGCUGCAGCAAAGCGCCCUCCCAGCAGCCUCCUCCCCAGGGUCAUGUACAGAGCUCAGGAGCCAUCCAGCUGACCUGGGGUGCCCCCGACUCCCCAAACAGCAACGCGCUCACGUACCAGCUCCUCCGAGAUGGACAGACCAUACACACCAUCCACAGCCACUACCCCUUCGGUGAGGACGAUGGCUUGAGUCCGUACGAGGUGUACACCUACCAGCUGCUGACCAGCAACGUGCACGGCAACACCAGCAGCGUGGAGGUCAGCUACCGCACCCUGGCCACUGUCCCCCUGCAGACCCACCUCCAGCUCCACCAGCAGGGCCGCGCCAAACCGCACAGCGUCUCCUUCAACUGGACGUCUCCGCAGAGCACCUCGGGCCCCCUGGAGUGCUUCGUCCUGAGCUCGGUGGAUGAGCAAAGCGGGGAGGAGCUUGUCCACUACAAGGGCCUGCAGACCGAGGCCACCGCCCGCGGGCCCUCGCGCCGUUCACCCCGCUACGUCUUCUCCCUCCAGGCCUGCACCAGCGGGGGGUGCGGACACAGCGACAGGGUCGCCGUGGUGACCGCGCAGAUCCCGCCGCUGCACCAGGCGCCGCCCAGAGUCCGAGCGCUGGGGCCCGGGGAGGUGGAGGUGGAGUGGGACCCGCCUGCCCAGCCCAACGGUGUGAUCAUCAGGUAUGAGCUCUUUAUGCGUGGCCCGCUCCAGGCACCAGACAAUGACACCGCUGCCCCCCCGCCCGAGGAGAGAGUGUUCCUCAGCAGCGGUUGGCUGAACCCACAGCCACUCAUGCACUCGGCCAAUGAGAACGUCCUGUCGCCGCCGCAGGGUGGGACAAACGUGUCCAGCCUGGAGCCUUUCUCCUGGUACGCGUUCAGAGUUCUCACGGUGAAUAUGGCCGGAAGUGUUCUCUCGGAGUGGACCGACAUACGCACGGCAGAGGAUGUGCCCGUGUACAUGCCCCCUCCCCAGGUCACCCCCUUGACCUCCACCUCCCUCAAGGUCACCUGGAGGUCACCUCCGGACAGGGAUGCCCGGGGCAACGUGACAGAGUUCAGAGUCAGCAUCCACCAGGAGCAGAGUGCUAACCCCUUUGCCCCACCGGUCCUCACCAAGGUGCUGUACACAGCUUCGGCGUCCGAGCGGAGCUACACUGCAGUCGGAUUGCAGCCGUACCGCUUGUACAACUUCACAGUCACCCUCUGCAAUGCACUCGGCUGUGUGUCCAGCGACCAUGCCAGAGGGCGCACCUUGCCCGCAGCUCCGGCAGGUUUGAGUCGUCCUAAAUUAACGGCGCUGAAUAUGACAGCGAUGGCCGUCUCCUGGGCGCCUCCUCGAGAGAUGAACGGGCCACCGCCCCUCUACCAGCUGGAGAGGACGGACGUGUCUCUCUCCGACCCCUCCGACCCCGUCGUCAGGGGCGUCCGAUUCCCUGGACACGGCUACUUCAGGUUCCCCAACUCCACCCUCCCUGUGAACACAGACUUCACAGGUCUGCAGCUGAGUUUCCGCACCAGAGCUUUAAAUGGGCUGAUACUGUGUGCACUGUCACCUGGCGACCAAGAAGAGUACGUGGCUCUGCAGAUCCAAAAUGGCCGCCCCUUCUUCCUUUUCGACCCACAGGCGUCGGCCGUGGCCCUGAGCCCCGAGGGCGACGAGGGGAGGCGCUAUAACGACAACCAGUGGCACCAUGUGAUCGCAACCAGGAAACAGGCCGUGGGAACGAUCAUUGUGGACAAUCGAUACCGAGGAACUGCCUCGGCCACCAGUGGCAGCACCAUCAUUGGAGACAACUCUGGAGUCUUCAUCGGAGGCUUACCAAAGGGAUUCAACGUCUUAAGACAGGAUACAGGUGACGCACGCCUGGUGCAGCAGGGUUUCCUGGGCUGCCUGAAGGACGUGCUGGUCAAGAGGGCGGAGCGGCCCUUUGAGGAGUGGGAGCCACUGGACUGGGACUCGGCCGAGGAGAAGGAGGAGACCUACGAGAGCUGGGAGGGAUGUCCCACACACAGGGACGAGGGAGCACACUUCCUUGGACAAGGAUACCUUGAACUGAAAAGGGAUUUGUUCUCUGGUGGAGAGAAUUUCCAGAUCUCCUUUGAGUUCAAAACAGACCAGCUCAAUGCUCUGCUUCUGUUUGCCUAUGAUGUAGAAGGAGACGACUAUAUUUUGGCGGAGCUGGAGGGGGGCAUCCUGACAUGGACGCUGCGCUGGGCGUCCCAGCAGACGCAGGUGAGCCUGUGGGUGGGCCUGUCUUACUGCGACGGCAUCUGGAACUCCGUCUCGCUGGCCAAGAGGGGUGCCGCGGCCAGCGCUGUGCUCAACCAGGCCUCUGAGCAGGAGCGCGGCGCCCGUAGGGGCAUCCUCAGGGUCUCCUCGCCCCUCUACCUUGGGGGCGUCCCGCACAACCUCCGUCACAAGGCACUCAACAGCCACAGCCAUCUCCACGGUUUUGGCGGCUGUUUGAAGGAUGUGAAGUUUGCGCGGGGGCCCGUGGUAGACUUGCCGGCCGUGUCCAGUGGCGCUGUCAGAGUGAAUCUGGACGGAUGCCUGUCAGCCGACACCCACGGCAACUGCAGGGGGAACGACUCCAUCCUGGUGCACACGGGCCGCGGGGAGCAGGCCCAGGAUCUCACCCUGCAGCCCUUCACUGAGUACCUGUACAGAGUGACGGCGUCUGGAGAGGGUGGCUGGGUAGCAGGUCCUUGGGAACGCGGACGCAGUCGAGAGACAGUCCCUGCGAGUGUGUCGUCUCCCUCCCGAGCGGAGUGUGUGAACGGCUACAGUGCGGAAGUGAGCUGGGACGCGCCUGGCGAGGUCAGGGGUGUAAUUGAGAAGUAUGUGGUGACGGCGUACAACCAGGACCAGCCCUCCGAGCCCCCCAUCACUGGCACCUUCCUCCACCACACAGCGCACCUGACAGGCAAUUUGAGCGGCCUGGCUCCCUUCACCCAGUACCGGCUGACGUUAACGGCGUGCACUGCGGCUGGCUGCGUGGAGAGUGUCCGUGGCCGGAGCAUCAGCACUCCUCAGGAGGCUCCAGAUGAGGUGAUGCCACCUGGUGCUGUCCCACGUCCGACCUCUCUCUUGGUCCACUGGAGUCUGCCUCAGAGACCCAACGGCGUCAUCACAGACUUCCUGCUCUAUAAAGACCACGUGCUCGUCUACCAGGGCAACGACACACAGCAACUCAACAUUACAGGUUUGGGGGUGUACAGCUCUCACAGGUUCCUCCUGAGUGUGUGCACGACUGCUGGCUGCACCAACAGCUCUGAGGUCACCCUGUACACUGGCCAGCUUCCCCCCGCACACCAGGACCCCCCAACACUCACAGUACUGGACUCACACAGCAUCUACGUCCAGUGGGCAGCGCCCCUGGAGGUGAACGGGGUUCUGGAGUUCUACCUGCUGUACCUGUCGCCUGUGGGGGAGGAACCCGCUGUGGUGUACAACAGCUCCGAGCUAUUUGAGGAUCACACCCUGCGCAACCUCGUCCCCGGGACCACCUACCUUCUCCAGAUCGCCGCCUGUAGCGGUGGCGGCUGCACCCUGAGUGCCCCUGUGGUGGCGAGCACAGAGGAGAGCAGCCCAGAGGGCGUCGCUGCCCCCAGCGUGGAGCCCCUGUCCCACGACACCUUCAACGUCUCCUGGACCCCCCCGCGACACCCCAACGGUGAGUCAGGCCUCCACUACAUCCCUGACUGCCCUUACAGCCCAGCAGCAGCAGCAGUGCUCCAGAUGGCCUGGUGGCCCCCAGGCUGGCAGCUGCCAACCUCCAGCUCUCUGCAGGUCUCCUGGUCAGCACCAGAGCGCUCCAACGCCCCCGGACCCCUCCGCUACCGGCUACAGAUGAGGACCGCCGACCGCCCGGACGUACAAGAACUGGUAGACAGUGUGUCCACCUCCUUCAGUUACACGGUGGAGGAUCUCCAGCCAUACACAGAAUAUCAGUUCAGACUGCUGGUUUCACACGGUCACGGGGAGACAGCCACGCCAUGGGUGCCACUGAUCACUGCACAGGACCGACCGGGAGCAGUGGACCCUCCUGUCGUGUCCAGUGUCCUGCCCCACAGUGCCACAGUGUCCUGGGCGCCUCCCUCCCAGCCCAACGGCCCCAUCAAGCACUACCACGUCUACCAGAACACCGAGCUCGUAGCCACGCUGCCGGGCAACACCACCGUCUUCUCUGCCGCCCCCCUGCGGCCCUACGCCAACUACACCCUGCAAGUGGAGGCCUGCACGGACGUGGGGUGCGCGCGCUCGCCCCUAUCCCACGCCUUCCGCACCCCGCCGGGGCCCCCCGCGGACGUGCCCGCGCCCCAGCUCUUCUCCGACACCCCGACGUCCGUGCUGUUGUCCUGGGGUCCCCCGGGGCGCCCCAACGGGGAGCUGGAGGGGUACACGCUGGAGCGGAGGGUGCGGGGCACGCGGCAGGUGUCCACCGUGGCGGAGACCGAGCCCCACGAGCCCCUCAGCUUCCUGGACAGCUCGGCAGCGCUCAGCCCUUGGACCAGCUACGAGUACCGGGUGGUGGCCCACACGCGGGGCGGGGGCAGCAACAGCAGCGGCUGGACCGGGGUGACCACCAGGCCCUCCAGACCAGCCGGAUUGCAGCCUCCACAGGUGACCCUGCUCGGCCCAGACGCAGUGCAGGUCACAUGGAGCCCUCCUGUGAUUGCCAACGGGGAGAUUGAGCACUAUGAGAUCCGCAUGCCUGACCCACGGAUCUCCCACACCAACACCUCCUCCCUAAACUACACCGUGACCAACCUGGUGCCGUACACCACCUACAGCGUCACCAUCUUGGCCUGCUCCUCCGGGGGCGGCUACGUCGGCGGCUGCACCGAGAGCCUGCCCACCCCAGUGACUACAUUACCCACAAUCCCACAGGGUCUGGGACCCCUGUCCGUAGUGGCGGUCAGCGAGUCGUUCCUGGCCGUCUCCUGGCAACCCCCCAGUAGGCCAAAUGGGCCAAACAUAAGAUUCGAGCUGCUGAGACGGAAAGCGCAGGAGCCGCUGGCCUCGCAUCCCCCUGAAGAUUUGAAUCUGUGGUACAAUGUUUACGCAGGAGCCAAAUUGUUUCACCAAGAUAAAGGCCUUAGCAGGUUCACUCAGUACCAGUACAAGCUGCUGGUCCACAACGACGUGGGCUACUCGUCGGGGGAGAUCGCCACGGCGUCCACGCUGGCCGGCGUGCCCCGCAGGCCCAGUUCCAUUUCCUCUCUGACCGUGUCCCACACCUCCAUCCUGGUCAACUGGACCACGCCCACUCUAGAGGAUCUUCAGGGGGAGGUAGUGUCCUACACCCUGUGGGUGAACUCCAGCCAGGGCAUCCAGGCCUUGACCUUCGACCCUGAGGUGACAUCCGCCCUCGUCCCAGACCUGCAGCCCAGCACGGUGUACAACCUCACCCUGCAGGUGUUCAACGGGGCACACAACGCCACCAGCGCCCAGGUGACCUGUACGACAGAGGACGGAGAGCCCGAGGGUGUGUUCCCUCCAGAGGUCGUGACCCUGAACAGCACUACCGUGCGGGUCCUUUGGGCCGAGCCCCUGGUCCCCAAUGGCGCGAUCACUCAGUACGGCGUCUACGUGGACGACCAGCUACGCGGGACUGCUGGCAACACCACAGGGUCCCUGGAGCUCGGGGACCUGCUACCCUUCACUGUCUACGACAUCCAGGUGGAGGUGUGCACUGUGUACGCGUGUGUGAGGAGUAAUGUCACACGGGUUACCACAGUGGAAGACCUGCCGGGUGACAUCACCGCGCCACACAUCCAGGUGCUCGGGUCAAGGUCUGUGCGUUUGGAGUGGAGCUCCCCAGGCCAGCCCAAUGGCAUCCUGCUGGGUUAUGACGUGCGGCGCCGGGCCCUGAGGCAGUGUGAGGAGCUGCGGGUCCAGUUGACCCUCAGGCCCGCCGGACGCUGCUCCCUCCUGCGCUGCCCCAAGCCCCAGCGCAUCUGCGGCAGCGCCUGCUACCACCCACAGGAGCAGGUGUGUUGUGGAGAGACGGUGUACACACGUGACUCCUGGCUCCAGUGCUGUGGCGAACGCUACGUCCCGGUGCGGAACGCCUCGGAGAGUGUGUGCUGCGGCGACCAGCUGUUCCAGACUCAACCCCAACACCAGUGCUGCGGCCGCUACUACGUCCGCGUCCCUCCAGGGGAGGUGUGCUGCCCUAACCCGGAGCAGAUGCGCGUGUCGGUGGGCCUGGGGGACGCGUGCUGUGGGGGGAACCCCUUCUCCUGGGCGGCCGGGCAGCUGUGCUGUGGGGGGAGCCUCCAUGACGGCUACCAGGCCCAGUGCUGCGGAGCUCAGGUGGUCAGCCAGGGCCAGGCCUGCUGUGGAGACGCCCAGACAGGAACCGCAUACACACCUGUGCCAGGCAUGUCUUGCUGUGGUGAGCUUUACAUAAACUCCAGUGAGACGCUGUGUUGUGGCGGAGCUGGUCUGGAGUUCAGGGCCCAUCACCUAAACAACGACACCGUGACCUGGAAGUGCUGCGGGUCAGAGGUCAUCAGAAAGGAAGAGGAAUGCUGCAAUGGAGUGGGCUACGACCCCAAAAAGUACUUCUGCUCCGACAGAGCCUCAUCUGAUAUACACAUGCAGGAGCAGUGUAGACCCAGCACCCUGUGCCCCCUCUCCUCUGUCUCCAGGGCCUACUGUGGCCUGUGUGAUUUCAACCCAACUCUGGAUGUUUGUACGCGGGUACCCGGCGUGCCCGAGCCCCUGCCCGAUGCCCCCGGUGCCAACCCCCCCGUCGCAGAUGGAGACCCGGGUCUGUGUGCCUCCUCUGAGGACGUCAUCUAUUCCGGGACGGCCAACCGAUACACCUACACAGACUCAGACCUGGAGCCCCACACCAACUACGAGUAUCGCGUGGGGGCCUGGAACCGCUUUGGCCGUGGGUACAGUGCUCACGUGCGGGUCACCACCAGAGAGGACGCCCCCGCGGGGGUCCCUGCUCCCCGCUGGAGCAAGGUGGAGAACCGCGACGACAUCAUCCAGCUGGACUGGGAGGUGCCAGUCAAACCCAAUGGUGAGAUCAGGUACUAUGUGGUCCUCCGUGACGGGCAGGAGCGUUACCGCGGUAGCGAGUCCAGUUUCACGGAUGUGGGGGGAAUCCAGCCCUAUCAAGAGUAUGAAUACCAGCUACAGGCCUGCACUACUGCUGGAUGCACAGACAGCAAGAAGGUGGUGGCGGUGACAGUGCAGGGGGCUCCGGAGCAGGUGUCGGCCCCGCUGGUGAGCGCUGUGGGCCCCCGAGCGCUGCUCCUGGCAUGGGCCCCGCCGGACAGACCCAACGGCAUCGUGCGCGAGUACCACAUCAAUCAGACCGGAGCGGGACGCGUGCACAGCCACACGGGAGAGGGCGAGCUGCAGCACACCGUCACAGGUCUCGAGCCUCACACUGACUACAGUUUUGUGUUGGAGGCCUGCACUUCAGUCGGCUGCAGAGCAAGCCAGCCCUCUACGGGUCGCACACUACAGGACGCACCAGCAGGUGUGUGGGCUGCCCCUCGGCAUGUGUUGGUGAGCAGCUCUGUGGUGGAGCUGUACUGGAGUGAGCCCCUGCAGCCUCACGGCCUCCUCUCAGGGUACCGGCUGCUGCGCGACUCCACGCACCUCUACUCCGGAGACAGCCACACCCGCGGCUACACCGACACCGGCCUGCAGCCCAACACCAGGUACGUGUACGAGCUGGAGGCCAGCACAGCCGGAGGCAGCAGCCGCAGUGACAGAUACGUGAUUCAGACGCCCGUCUCGUCCCCCGAGAGGAUCCCACCCCCCUAUAAUGUCACCGUCAGCGGGGCCCGCUCCGUCUUUGUCGCCUGGACACCCCCAGGUACUUACAACACAAGCCUCCCACUGGAGUACAGCGUGCUGUUGAACGCGGGAAGCCUGGAUGCCCUGGUCAAGGCAGCGGGGAAGGGGCAGUUCCUGCACGUAACCGACCUGCAGCCAUUCACCCGCUACCACAUCCGCAUACAGGCCUGCCAACCAGACGGCUGUGGAGUGGGGAAGGGCGUCUACACUAGCACAUUCGAGGCACCCCCUGAGCAUCUGGAUCCCCCCGUUGUCAAGGCAGCAGGGCCAGCUGUCAUCGAAGUACACUGGAAACCCCCCCGGCAACCCAAUGGGCUCAUCACAGCAUACUUCAUUUACAGGCGUCCUCUGGGUACCCGCGAGGAGCUGCUGGUCUUCCUGUGGUCCGAGGGUCCGCUGGAGUUCAUCGACGCGUCGUCCAGCCUGCGCCCCUACAGCGAGUUCGAGUACCGGGUCCGGGCGCUCAACACGCAGGGUUCCGUGUCCAGCGUCUGGGCCUCGGCGCUGACCCAGGAGGCCCCACCACUGGGCAUGUCCGCCCCGUGGGCCCUGCCCACCAGCGCCUACUCCCUGAUGCUCAACUGGACCCGGCCCAGCGACCCCAACGGGCUCAUCCAGCAGUACCGCGUGGUCUACCAGAGCAGGCCCGCGGACCCCACGCUCAACACCACGGCCGUGCUGGCGCUCACCGUGCCGGGGGACAGCCUGCAGGCCCAUGUGUUCGGUCUGGAGCCCUACACCACCUACAGUGUGCGCGUGGAGGCGGUGAACGGAGCGGGCAGCGUGUCCAGUCCCUGGGCGGCCGUGCGCACACUGGACGCCUCACCCAGCGGCCUGGCCAACUUCAGCGUGGAGAAGAGGGAGCAGGGACGCGCUCUGCUGCUGAUCUGGGAUCAGCCGGCCGUACCCAACGGAGACAUCAAGAUGUAUAACAUCUAUAACGAGGGUAAUCUGGAGUUCAGUGGGCUCUCGCGCCAGUUCCUGUUCCGCCGGCUGGAGCCCUUCACCACCUACACGCUGGCACUGGAGGCCUGCACGGCCGCUGGAUGCACCCGCACGCCCCCGCAGCCAAUCACCACUGAGGAAGCACCCCCUUCCGCCCCGCCCCCUCUGGUGGCUGAGCCAAUCAGUGCCAACCGCGUGCAGCUGCACUGGCUUCCGCCCACGCACCCCAAUGGCCGCAUCCUUCAGUAUCGGGUCAUGGCGGUGACCUUGGACGCGGGCAGGUCAAGGACGGAGGAGGAGGACCUGCAGAGGGCAAAGAUCGUGUUUACGGAGAACGACACGCGGGCCAGCAGCUUCUCCCAUAACGUGACGGGGCUGCAGCCGUGGAGCGUGUACGCUUUCUUCGUGCGGGUGGUCAACGCGGCCGGCCACGCAGACAGCCCCUGGCUCACCGUGCGCACCAAGCAGGCCUCUCCGCGGGGAUUAGCUGCUCCGUCUGUCAAUCACGUGGAGGGGAACCCCUACGCGCUGGAGGUGUCAUGGGCCCCUCCUCUCGAGAGCAACGGCGUUCUGCUGACCUAUCGCAUCCUGCGCAACAACGUCAGCUUCCAUUUCAGCUUCGACUCGGGCGUCCUCAGCUACACAGACGUGGACCUGCUGCCCUACGGCGUCUACAGCUACGCCAUCGUGGCGUGCACCGCCGAGGGCUGCGUCACCAGCGACCCGACCGAGAUCCGAACCCUGGAGGCUCCCCCCGCCACAGUGGAACCUCCCACGGCCACCAACAUCACGGCGCACUCUGCCAGCGUCUCCUGGAGCGUACCAUCCAUCCAGAACGGGGAGAUCACCCUCUAUGUCCUGCUGGUGGACGGGGAGGAGGUGUAUCGCGGGAGGAAGCUGACGGCACUAGUGUCCACUCUGCUGCCGUACACCCAGUACGAGCUGACCCUGAGGGCCUGCACCAACGGGGGCUGCACCGCCAGCGCCCCCGCACCCCUGCACACGCGGGAGGCCCCCCCGGCCGACCUUCAGGCGCCCGUGCUCAAGGUCACGGGCUCGGAGUCGGUGGAGGUGACCUGGAGGGAGCCGGGGCGGCCCAACGGGGUCAUCACGGGCUACGAGCUGCGCAGGGACGGACAGCUGGUGUACGUGGGGAACGACACACGGUACCACGACUUCACGCUGCUGCCCAGUGUGGAGUACAGCUACGCGGUGACCGCCAACAACAGCCAGGGUGCCGCCAUCAGCCCCACGGCCGUGGCCCGCACGCGGCCCUCGGCGCCCUCUGGUGUCGCCCCGCCCAAACUGCAGGCCACCGGCGCGGCCAGCGUGCUGGUGCAGUGGGAAGCUCCGGCGCAGCCCAACGGCGCCAUCCUCAGCUACUCCGUGUACAGCCGCGACCCGGCCGAGCCCAGCGGCCGGCGCCACCUCUUCCCCCCCGAGCACAGCGCCUUCCAGAGCCGCUCCACCAGCCUCACCGGACUCAAACCCCACUACAGGUAUGAGGUGCGCGUGGAGGCGUGUACCCUGCUGGGCUGUGCAGCCAGUGACUGGGCCUCUGUGCUGACUCUAGAGUCUCCCCCUGCUGGUCAGUCUGCGCCACUGCUGGAGCUACAGCCAGACGCGGCGGGACUCCAGACGGCCUUCCUGCUGUCCUGGUCGCCCCCGGCCCAGCCCAACGGCCAGCUGCUGCACUACGAGCUGCUCCGCAGAGAGGUCCUCCAGGGCGAGGCCACGUCAACCGCAACCAGGGUCUACCUCAACACCUCCACCAGCUACCGCGACGCCAACCUCGCGCCAUACACCGCCUACGAGUACCAGGUGUGGUCGGUGAACUCUGCCGGGCGUGCGGGGAGCCCCUGGACGAGGGGUCGCACGGGUCCCGCGCCCCCAGAGGGCAUCGGGGUGCCCACCUUCCUCCGCGUGCACGCCACCUCCGCCGUGGUGGACAUCAGCCCCCCCUCCAAGCCCAACGGCGUGGUCAGCCUCUACAGAGUGCUCGCACACACCAAGGACACAGACCUGCUGCUCUCUGAGGGGACGUCCCGUCAGCAGACGCUCCACGGCCUGCGUCCCUUCACGCUCUACUCCGUGGGGGUGGAGGCGUGCACCUGUUUCCUGUGCUGCAGCCGGGGCCCCCAGACGGAACUGCGCACCCAGGCCUCGGCCCCCACCCAGCAGCCCCCCCCGCGCCCCGUCGCCCUCACCCCACGCUCCGCACUCCUGGAGUGGGACGAGCCCCUGCACCCCAACGGCAUCAUAGAGAGCUGUGAGCUGCACCUGCGUACGUCGUGUCCCCAGCCGCUGCAGCCGGUGGCCCAGGUGUGCGCCCAGGGCCCCGUGGAGACGCGCUUCUUCGGGAUGGGCCACAGCUUUAACGUGACGGGGCUGCUUCCCUACGCCACCUACGACCUGCGCGUCGUCUCCUUCAACAACAUGGGCAGCGCCAGCUCCAACUGGGUCACCGUCACCACACUCAAGGAGGCUCCCCAGUAUAAGCAGGUCUUCCAGAUCCACAGUAACUUGACUGCAGUGUUUCUGGAUUGGACCGGCUCCUUUGCCCUCAACGGCCCUCUGAGGGACUACAGGCUGACCGAGAGUGGACAUCUCCUCUACAGCGGCUUCCACAGCGCCCUGCAUAUACCACGCACAUCAGACAAGACUUUUGCCUUCCAGGUCACCUGCACCACAGACAGUGGGAGUGUCAGCUCCCCCAUCAUCAGAUACAACUCAGUCACUGGUGUCGGUCCCGUGCACCCCACGGAGGGAGGCAAGACGGGGCUAACGGGGGUGCUGUACCCCUUCCACACGGAGCUGUGGUUCAUCGUGCUCAUGAGCUUCCUGGGGCUCUUCCUGCUGGCGCUGCUCACAGGCCUGGUGCUCCGGAAGACCCUCAGCCGCACGACCUGCUCUCAAGAGCGCCCCCCUCUGGUGCCUCUGCAGAAGAGGAGCCCCAGCUACUCGGCCAGCGACUCCUACUUGAAGCCCUGUCCUAAACAUGCCUCUAGCCGCAAGCCCACUAUCAGUAAGCACAAGGGUUUUGUGGACACCAAGAUAGGCGGCAGCACCUCCCGCUCUGGUCGCCAUGGUUACCCGAACACCAUGUCGGUGAUGCGCGUUCCGGCCCAGAGCCAGCUGAGCCACGGCUACUCCCAGAAUUCCCUGCACCGCAGUAUCAGUCAGCUGAUCGACCAGGCGGACAGGAAGUCGCUGAUGGACGACGGCGUGUGGGACACUGAGGUGCAGGGCACAGACAGUGGCAUGUUUAUCGCAGAUGAGGAGCUGGUGGAGACCAUUAAAGAACUCAGCUCCGUGGGCUCUGUCAGGAAGGAACACACAACCUUUACAGACACACACCUGUGA